UCGAAUUUGCACAUCGAACACCGAUAAUUUGUCACAUAAAUGACGUUUAACAACGGAAUUAGGUUUUCUAAAAUACUUCCACACGCCCAAAACACUCUCCGAUCUCUUGCAGCAGGGCAAUCGUGAAACUAUCUCGAUUCGUGAAUAAUUUUGAGUGGUAACGAUAAGAACACGCAAAAUUGCUUUAUAAGCAUUGUGACGUAACACACAGAAAUUAUAAACCAUUACGUCAAACGUCACGCGGCGGUUAACCGGUUAAUUUUACCCGGUUAACGGUUAAAGUGUUUUCCCUGAAAUUUCCAGCCCUAGCAGUUAGACAUUUGAUUUCUCUUCGCAUAGGUGAGUCAAGUUGCUUUUUCUUCAAUUAAUUAGAACUCAAUACAUGGAAUUGUUUUCCAAAAAAAUAUGAUUCCAUAUUGGCACUGGAACUUAAUUUGGCAAAAAAAAAGUCUUGGAAUUAGGUAAUUCGAAUAUAAAAGCAGCUCUCCAAAUACUCAAACAUCGAUUUACUUAAUGUACGAUGUCAGGAAAGAUGAGGACAGUGUGAAGCAUGGGGUGAAGCCUAACCUAUGUCAGUGUUUCAUUGUUUGUUUUCCCUGUUCCUGCAUGUAUGCUGCAGUGCUACGCUGACUAUACCCCAGGCCUAUAACAUGAUUAGUUAAUUUCUUAUAGUUAUAUAUAUUCUAUCUCACAAGCUGAGAUUUCAUUCAUGAUACAUUUAUUUAUUGAUUUAUCUUUCUUUCUUCAUUUUGGAUUUUGAAAAACAUGAAUGUGAACUAUUUGUAUUGCAUUUUGGGCAAUAAUCAUUGGUUUCAGAAGAUAAAAAAUACAUGAUCUUUUAGAUAUUAUUAACUAUAGAGAAUUCUAUCAAAAUCAUGGAAUCCACUGAAAACAUAUUUCCCUGCCUUAACUGUGAUGAAAACUUUUCAUCAGGCCCCAGUUUGGAAAAGCAUAUGUUUUUGCACAUUAACCAUGGAACUGGCGUUUUAAGCGAAUACGCAACUAACAACAUUGUGGGAACUAGUCUGCCUGUCAACCCUGAGAAGCCUGACAGAAAGGACAAUAUCAGUGGCUACAGCAGAGAUGAACCAUUUGCUUGCCAACAAUGUGGAAAGAACUUCAAAUCAAAGUGGCAUUUAAAUGUGCAUAUGAGAACUCACGCGGUUGAAAAACCUUAUAUAUGUAAACGAUGUGGGAAGUGUUUUUCACAACAAUGUAAUUUAAAAGUGCAUACGCGAACUCAUACUGGAGAAAAACCAUAUGUUUGUAAACAAUGUGGAAAGUGUUUUGUGAAGUCAUUUGAUUUACAUAGGCAUGAGCGAAUUCAUACUGGGGAGAAACCUUAUGUUUGUAAACAAUGUGGUAAAAGUUUUUCGCAAUCAUCUCAUUUACAAGAUCAUAUACUAACUCAUACUGGAGAGAAACCUCAUGUUUGCAAGCAAUGUGGAAAACGUUUUUCACAUUUGUCUCAUUUAUAUGUGCAUGAGCGAAUUCAUACUGGGGAGAAACCUUAUGUUUGUAAACAAUGUGGUAAAGGUUUUUCGCAAUCAUCUAGUUUACAAGAUCAUAUACUAACUCAUACUGGAGAGAAACCUCAUGUUUGCAAGCAAUGUGGAAAACGUUUUUCACAUUUGUCUCAUUUACAUGUGCAUGAGCGAAUUCAUACUGGGGAGAAACCUUAUGUUUGUAAACAAUGUGGUAAGGGUUUUGUGAAGUCAUCUGAUUUACAUAGGCAUGAGCGAAUUCAUACUGGGGAGAAACCUUAUGUUUGUAAACAAUGUGGUAAAAGUUUUUCGCAAUCAUCUAGUUUACAAGAUCAUAUACUAACUCAUACUGGAGAGAAACCUCAUGUUUGCAAGCAAUGUGGAAAACGUUUUUCACGAUUGUCUCAUUUACAUGUGCAUAAGCGAAUUCAUACUGGGGAGAAACCUUAUGUUUUGAAGUCAUUUGAUUUACAUAGGCAUGAGCGAAUUCAUACUGGGGAGAAACCUUAUGUUUGUAAACAAUGUGGUAAGGGUUUUGUGAAGUCAUCUGAUUUACAUAGGCAUGAGCGAAUUCAUACUGGGGAGAAACCUUAUGUUUGUAAACAAUGUGGUAAGGGUUAUUCGCAAUCAUCUCAUUUACGAGUGCAUGAGCAAUCUCAUACUGGAACGAAACCUUGGACAAUAUCGCGAAAGUGGAUGUGAUGAGGCGAAGUGUGGAAGGGGAUAUAUAUUAAAUGUCAAGAUUCACAAAUAGGGGUUCGCGGCCUCAUACUGGGGAGAAACCUUAUAUUUGUCGUAAAUGUGAAAAACCCUUUUCAUGACGGCAUGAACGAACUCAUACUGAAGUAAAAUCUUUAUGCCUGUACACAAUGUGAAAGGAGUUUCUAGAUUUACCAAAUUUAUGUGUACAUGAGCAAACUCAUAGGUCUUCAAAAUUAAGGUUUCUAAAACUGUUGAGAGUUGAAAAUUGAGUUGUUUACUUAAUUCUAAUGUAUUCCUUUGCAAUAAGGCAUCCAAAGCUUGUAGGUGCUUAUUAUUUGAUGGUAUUGUUACUAUACAACAGCCAUCAAAAUGAAAGAGUGCAAUUAUUUGUCAUAGUAAUAGACUGAUAAUACAAAGUAUUGCCAUUAUAAUAAAUUACAAAUACCAUUGAAAGGGAUUGCCAUCAUAUAUCCCCGACAUACGUUCUCAUCCCUGCACCAUGUUUCUAGGAAUACUGACUCAACAUGUGUUUCGCCACAUGAUUGAGCUGUCUUAUUGACUUUCUUCUCCACCGGAAUAAAUAUGUAAAUCCUAAUUCUU